GUUACAGUGGCAGCGGUGCCAGGUACAGUUGUGCAGCUCCGACUAUUGCCGAUUGCGGAUUACCAUACCAUUAACCCCCAGUUAGCCCUCAGUUAGCUAGUAAGAGUCGAACCGGGCGGAGGGCAACUGUUUUUUUGGCCACCUUAGCCAAAAAUCAACACGCUUGCUCCGGGUCCAACGAAUCGGAUCGGAUCGGACCUAGUCUGGAUCGGAAACCAUGCCCAUCCACUGGGACUGGGACUGGGAGCACGAGCACGAGCAUGUGGGGGCCCACUACCACUGGCCGCCGCGGCGCCACUGGUCAACCGGGGAACCCAAGUGCCGGCAGCGUCGCUACUACCUAUCCCACGAGCUGGACGUGUGCGCCCGAGACUUCCAUCUGCGGAUGGACGACAGUGCCUGGUGCCACGGGUCCUGCCUGGUAGGACGGGUGGUGAUUGAGACUGGGACCGAACCGGACUCCCUGGGACGGGGCACCUUCAAGGUGGUCCUGGACGUCCACCACUUCCAGAUCGGCGAGCUGACGGUGAAGGCCAAGAACAGCGACACCGUGUGCGUGGAGGGCAAGCAGGCGGACGACCGGGCGGAGAAGGGUCAGCUGUGCAUCACCCGGGAGUUCACCCGAUCCUACAAGCUUCCGCGGCACUACGACGCCACCCAGGCGAGGGCCACCUUCUCCGCGGACGGGAUACUGAUGAUAACGGUGCCAGCACCACCGAAGCUGGACGAUGUGGAGCGCGUGGUGGAGAUCGAGCCCACCGGCAACUAUUUUGGCAGCGUGGCCGAUCCCAGUGCGGCCAAGGCCAUCGAGCAGGCGGAGCUGGAAGGUGGCGGGGAGGAUCCUGCUGGCACGGCGAUGGAAAAAUGAAGCCGGCGACGUCUGGCGGUUGCGCGUUGUUGGCGCCGCUGCUGCAGCUGGGGGCGUGAUCUCCUGCUUCCCAAACGGAAGCCCAAAUGCGUUUAGGCCGCCAGAGGCAGUCGAUCGGCUGGAGAGGAGCUCUUAGGAUUUUUGGGAGCGGAGAAGGCGACGAAAUCUCUGGGUGACGGCGAUGACACACUCUAUCCAGCCACCAGGCACAUGCACGUUGGAGUUAACCUACAUACUUCCACAGAAUCAAAAAUAAAAGUUACUCGGAUUGUCCUUUUGUUCCAGGAUAGCUAGCACGUAGUAAAUCGUUCGAAACGUGAGCAAAUAUGGCGCUGUCGACAUGGUUGCAAGUUUAACUAAAAUAUCUACAAUAUGAAAUACAAUAAAGUUAAAGAGUUCACAUCA